UGCAGGGCACGUUGACGGGCACCAGCGCGUGGCGCAAUACCAAGUCGUCGGUGGUGCAGCUAGCGCAGGCGAUGGGCACGUCGUAGAUCACCGCCAGACCUUGGCGGAGGGCUUCGGCAGCGACGCAAAGAAGGCGCAGCUGCCGUCGUCGAGCGUCUUGCCGACGACAUCUUCACCCUCCCUUCGCCGUCUCGACACACACACUCUCUCUCUUCCCCUCGCCCACUCUCUCUCGUUCUCAUUCUCGUCUUUGUCUUCGGCUUCUCCGUCUUCUUCGUUCCUAUCCUCCCUUCGUUCCAUGUAACACUGCGUUCCUGAUUCCAGGUACACGCCGGCCAUUCUUUUGACUUAGCAGUUCCCCUCGCUUCGACUCCAGGAAGUAUCACGCUUCCGUCCACUCUUUUGUAUCCUUUCCCGAGUCUGCUACAGUUGUGUACGCCACGCGGUCAAAGUCAAACACAAGUCACGCCGAACUGAGCCGGUACUGCUUCACUUGUUCUGCGCCAGCACAGCCUAAAAGUGAGGCCAACUUCGCUCACUACCGUCGCAACAAACACUGCUCGCGUCUCGGACACGCUCGUGACCCACGCUAGUGAGUCCUGACGUCUCCGACUGCUUUUCAGGCCCGUCCAAAGCAUUGCUAGACCGACACCAUUACCUUCUACCCUUCAAAGCUCUCCAAAUUCCCGUGCUCGUCGUGCAUCGGCUGUCUGUACCUUUCGCGUUCCACGCUUGCCAGCUGCUGCGGCGUCUGCGUUUUCAUCAAAGGGCUGACCCCAGCCUUUGGAAGUCUCUAGGACUUUGGUAAGUGAUAUCCGCGCGAAAAGUUCCCAAGCAUCCCGGAUCCAGGACCCAGGACCCGAGCGAGAUAGAGCAGAGCAGCUACAUUGAGCGACAAUCGUCAAAGGCAAUCCAACAUGAGACUCUUUACUACUACAAUGGUGGCUGUCAGUGGCGCGUGGUGCGCUACCGCUCACAACCACGCGCGCCACCACGUCCGCCGUGCACCCUCAUCGCAUCUUGUCGAAAAGGACGUCGUUGUGGAAAUGGUGCAUGUGAAUCUCGUCGAAUGCUGGUUGGAUGGCCAUGUUAUCCAACAAGAUGAGUGCGCCGCCGGUGUUCGCAACGGUUCCUUGGAGUUCGUCGACGGUAACAAGAUUCUGCCACUCCCAAGCACCUUCACCACGUACUAUGUUAGUUCCACGUCAGAGGUUGCUUCCCAGUCCACUGAAAGCCUGCAAUCUACCAGUGUCCAGUGGUCGGCCCCAGCACCAAGUUCCACGUCUGCAACACCAACCAUACAAGCUUCCGACGCAGGUUACGGCCACGGCAAUUGGAACUCCAACGGCCUUCUCGCCAAUGUCGACAAGGAAUUCCCCGAUGGGCAGAUCGACUGUAGUCACUUUCCAAGCGACUAUGGAGCCAUGCCUCUGGACUGGCUCAACAUAGGUGGCUGGGCCAGUGUCCAGAAGCCGGAACAGGAUCUGGCCAACGGCUACAACGACAUCUUGAGCAUGACUAGCAACGAAUGCCCGAAUGGUAACUGCUGCGUCGAAGGGUCCUUCUGCUCCUAUGCUUGCCCAGAUGGCUACUUGAAGUAUCAGUGGCCGUCAAAGCAGGGUGCAACUGGCCAGUCUAUCGGCGGUCUCCUGUGCCAGAAUGGCAAGCUUCACCUCACCAACCCCGCCUACAAGACACUCUGCGCCAAAGGUAGCCAGAAUAUCAAGGUCACCGUCAAGAACAUGCUCUCGCAAAAUGUAGCCAUAUGCCGCACGAAUUAUCCAGGCGACGAGAAGAUGUCGAUCCCGGUCAAUGUCAAUCCAGGGGAGACGCAAGAGCUUGCCUGUCCCGACAGCUCCACGUACUACAAGUGGGAGAACAAAGGUACCUCUGCUCAGUACUACAUUAACAUGCCAGGAUACUCUGUCGAGAAGGCAUGCGUCUGGGGAGACUACGGCGAUGAUUUCGGCAACUGGGCUCCGGGAAACCUCGGUGUUGGGUGGUCUAAUGGCCUUGCUUGGCUGUCGAUCCAGGCGAACCACCCAACUCAGAUGCAGGUUACGUUGCCAUACACUAUCGAGAUUAUCGGAGGCAACACCAAAUGCAGGUAUCAGAACGGCCAGUACUGUGGCGGUGAUAACUACAGCCAAUGCUCCACUGAGGGCUGUACCGUCUCUGCGACUGGCGGCGAGGUGACAUACGUCCUCUCUUGACUUGCACCCUGUGUCGGCAGCAAAAAUUUUCUCCCUCUUCGUGAGACUUCAUUGCUGCGUCAUUUACGUCGAUUGAUAAUCUGCAGAAAGUUCAACGGCAUUCUUUUCUUCAUGGCGGCAUAGAUAUCCAUGCUUUUAAUAUUUGGCUUUUUUCACAUUGUGCUCCAGCGAGAGGGCAUCUUUAUCUUGAAACAAGGGAGAUUUGUAGAGACGAAGAAUAUGCGUAGGUGGAAGGGCGGCGCUGUACCGUAUGACCACGCUGCAGCUUGCUGCGGACUUGGAAAGUUUGGCGCCUGCGACAGCUUCCCACAUGACAAUGUAUUUCGUCCGAACAGAUGGCUUGAUGUAUUUGUAUUCUGAAGGGAGGGAAGACAACGAACGACAUUUUGCGCUUCGCGGGCCCCUUAUUCACCUGUCGAUGACAGUCUUCGGCUGAAAGUGCGUAAACGCGUCAAAAAUGUCAGGUCUGUGAGGUUGUGACCUUCACCCAUCAACAAAGUUAUGUAUACUAAAUGGCUCUGCGACGAAAAUCAAAGCGAGAUACGUAAAUGAAUGAAAGGCAAGUUUUC